ACCGUUAGUUUCCAUCUCGUUUACACAAGCUCAACGAAUCCGGGAAUGAAGGGGGAGAUACACAUAAAAGCAAGAAGAAGCCAUGGAACUCAGGAUGGAUGGCGCCAUUUAUAUACAAACGUAUGUAUACUAAUUGACUGAGUUAUGGCGCUAUCCCUCCUGAGCUUUAGAGCUACUUCUCUACUAUUCCAGCUGAGAUUUAUAUGCAUAUGUAUCUUCCUCUACAUGUGUUUUGAUGUUAUAUGUACAUACACAUAUUCAUAGAUAAGUAAUUUGAGAGAGGAGCUUGUAUCACAUUGCUGUAUUUAUAGUCUGAAGGUCCCCAGUAAUACAACAACAGUUAUAUAAUAUCAUCACUUUGAAUGCAUUCCCAUACCCACAUAAAUGUACUAGUAAAAAAUAGGAAGCUAUAAGAGAAUAUAUAAUCGAUAUAUGCAUUAUUUAUAGGACGAAUUACGAAUGGUGGAGAGCGUACCAUUGGUUAACCUAUAUAUAUAUAGUAUAAGAUUUGUCUCCAUUUUGUUAAAAUUACAUAUAAUAAAUGUUUUUUUUUUGAAACUAGAUCUAAUAAAUGUUGAUUUAUAGAUUAGUGUUGGACCUCACUACACUUUGUCGGACUAUAUUUAUGAAAUGUUAUUUAUAAAUGAAAUAUGCCUAGAUAUAUAAAUGCAGUGUAACCGACUAGUAUUAUAUUACCGGGUUUUGGGUAGCAAAAAUUUUAAUUUCUCCAUGGCGCAAACUUUACACAGCAUGGGCACGAGUCUCCUACGGUUAGACAUGAGACUAAAGUAAAUGCAAAACCCAUAGUAAAAUGUUAAAGAUUAAAGUGAGUGAUGCAUUCAAUAUUGGACGUAAGGUUCCACCUAAUUCUCUUUCAUUUCAGAAUAUUUAUUUUUAUGACAAUUGAGUACUGUUAUAAUUUACACCUUACGUACAAGUAAUAUUGAUAUGUCCAGAAGUAAAAAUAAUUAUCUCUCCAUUUUAUUAUCCGACCCGUUUCAUACUUUCUACUAAUUUAAAUAAUACUGUUUUCUUUUAUGUAUUUUAGAUUAAUUACGGUCAAUGAAAUGAGACUGAAAAUUGUAUUACUGUUCGUUGUCAAGUGUGCUAAUACUGUUUUCACCUAUAUUGUUUUAUGUAUUUUAGAUGAAUUGCGUUCAAUGAAAUGAGAAUUGAAAAGAGGAUAUUGAAAAUUGUAUUACUGUUGGUUCUUUACUGUCAAGUGUGUUAAUGUGGAAAGAUACAUGCAUGAUUAUAAUGUUUAAAAAAACAAGUAUUAUGUGGGGAAUGUAUGAUGAAAAUAAAAAUCUCAGGAAAAAAAGAAUGAGGAAAUAGACGCAUGGGGAGUUUAAUUUGUGUUAGCCAGCUACCACCGCCCGUACCUCAUGUUCCGGGCCCUUUAAUUUUAUUUGCAUCUAAAAUUCAUCCAUCACAUUUAUAGAGUGAGGUGACAUUAUAAACUCUCCAACAUAUUUAACAUUACAUGUGAUUCUGAACACUGUAAUUUGUAAAAAGAGUAACAAAUAGGAGUAUAGGAUAAUUCGGUGGUAUAUUGUAUUUCAAAAAAAUCGGUGGUUUAUAUAUUCUCUUCCCACAUCACAGUUUAUUUUCUGAUUAUUUCCCUGCAUUUCAUAUAUAUUUUAGAAAAUAAAUAAAUAUAUACAGACUAGUGUAUUCAAACUAUACUGUUAACAGAAAAUAUUAAGUGGUUCUUAAAAAUAUGUAUGAAAAACAAUUCCAAAAGGUGCAUUUUCUAUUUAAUUCUGCUAAAAAUAUGCUUUAACAAGUGAAAAAUCAUAUUGAGAAAGAAAAAAACAUGAAGACUAAUCAAAAACUAACUAGAAGUGUUCCCAAAAUAACGCACAUCCACAUCUGUUUAUAAAAAAAGGAACACCAGUUUUGGAUCUAUAGUAUUCUUUCUCUCCACUGAUGAUCAGUAUCAUUACGCUUUGGGUGAAACCAAACGUGGUCUGAAAGAAUAGUUUGCAUGGUUAGGCAUUCUCCCAUCGUGAAACAAACCGUGGUCUGAAAAAUAGUUUGCAUGGUUAGGUAUUUUCCCAGCAAUGGCCAGACCGUCUUGCCAAUCCAUCUUGGGCUCUGGCCGGACAACCCGUCCUCCCCCGGUGAUCUUAUUAUUACUAAAGCUUUCUCGGCCAAGCUUCCGGUGGUUUGCCGACAUGUUCACAGUAAACAACCAUUUGGAUUGUUCAGAGGCGAAAAUGCGAUGAACUAUGCAUUUUCAACAUUCUUGCUCGAGGCAGUUAUUGUUAUUUUCUUCAUCAAAGCCACUUGCUUCAUCCUCCGACCUUUACGUCAACCUCGUAUCGUCUGUGAAAUCAUUGUUCGUCACUCAUAUCUUAGAUCAAGAAUCUCUCAAAGAAAAAAAAUUCAUCAAUAAAAAAAUGUUUUUCAAAAUUUGAGAAACUCAUGUAAAAUUUUCUUACUUUAAAAACUUUAGAAUGGUUCUCUCAAAUUUUUUAAAACCUAAUUUACUCAAAUAUUUUUAUUUUUGAUAAAUACUCUCUUUAAAAGAUUUUCAAUGCGGAUGCCCUUAUAUUUCUUAAUAAAAUGUUUAUUUAAUAUAUUAAACGAAUGGUUUGUGUGUGUUUUGAAGGGUGGUAUGAUGAUAGGACCGUCCAUGCUUGGAGGAAGCCGUAAUUUCAGUUACUACGUGUUCCCACCUAUUUCAAACUACAUAUUCACAAACUUGGGACUAAUGGGAUUCUUCUACUUCUUCUUUCUCACUGCGGCCAAAACCGACGUUGCAGCCAUUGCAAAGUCUCCAAAAAAGCACAAGUACAUUGCUGCCAUCAGCGUUCUCGUCCCAAUGGUCUGUGUUGGAGCCACGGGGAUGGCCAUGCGUCACCAAAUGGAUAAAACCAUGGGGAAGCCUUCUUCCGUUGGAGGAAUUGCGUUUGCCUUGGCUUUUAGUUCUUUCCCUGUCAUCUACACCAUCUUAAGAGACAUGAACCUUCUCAACUCUGAGGUGGGGAAGUUCGCCAUGUCGGUGGCUCUCCUUGGGGAUAUGGGAGCGAUCCUCGUGCUUGUCUUUUUCGAGGCUGUCGUUCAAGCAAACGUAGCAGGAGCCAAAGCAGCAGUCUUCUACAUUGUAUCAGUUGUUAUAUUCAGCGCUUUUAUGAUUUUGGUCGUGAAACGAGCAUUUGAGUGGGUGGUCGACCAAACACCUCAGGGAAAACUCGUGGACCAAAACUACAUUGUCAUGAUUCUCAUGGGUGUUCUUGUUGCUUGUUUCUUAACGGACAUGCUUGGUUUAUUGAUAGGCACCGGACCUAUUUGGUUAGGGUUAAUAAUCCCUCACGGUCCACCGUUGGGUUCCACGUUGGCUAUUCGGAGCGAGACUUUUAUACAUGAAUUUUUAAUGCCUUUCUCGUUUGGUUUGGUGGGACUCUACACAGAUGUUCACUUCCUUAGCGCUGAUGCUUGGGACAACCAGCUAGCUCCUCUUGUAUACAUGACCACCGUUAGCUUCAUCACCAAGUUUAUCUCUGUGGCUGCCGCUGCUGCUUUCUUUAAAGUCCCUACUAGAGACAGUCUCACUCUUGGCCUCAUAAUGAACUUGAGAGGCCAACUCGAUAUCAUGCUCUACUUGCUUUGCUUCAGGAAACAUGUUGUCAGUCUACCCGGUUUUACUCUCUUGGUUUUGCAUACGGUUGUCAUAACAGGAGUAUCAACACCGAUCAUCAGCUUCCUCUAUGAUCCAAAUCGUCCUUACAGGAUCAGCAAGCACCGGACCAUCCAGCACACUCCACCAUCCACCGAGAUGGGUCUUGUUCUUGCCGUCUCCAACCAAGAAGCCUUGUCUGGCUUGAUCACGUUCCUUGACUUUGCCUAUCCCACUACAAGUAGUCCAUUUGCUAUAUACGCAAUCCAGCUAAUGGAGUUGAUGGGGCGAGCUUCACCAGUUUUUGUAGACCACAAGCUACAAAAAGAGGAGGAAGGAAAAGAGGGGGAGGAAGAAAAAGGGCGAGUAGACCAAAUGCAAAGCGCCUUUAAGCUGUACCAAAAGAAGAGAGAGGAGUGUGUGACGCUGCGUGCCUACACUGCUCAUGCUCCAAAGCGUCUAAUGUACCAAGAUAUUUGCGAGCUGGCCUUGGCCAAGAAAACCGCUUUCAUUCUCUUACCUUAUCAACGAGAGCGUCUUGAGGACAAUGCACCUACCGAGCUACUUGACCCCGGCAUGCUGUCCGUGAACGCUGAUGUCUUGGCGUACACACCUUGCUCUGUAUGUAUCUAUUAUGGUAAAGGGCGGCUUAGAAACGCCAAGGUUCGGUCCUCGGUUGACCAGCAGCAUUCAAUUCAACCGAGCCGUGUGAGGCAAGAAACAUACCGUUUUGUGGUUUUGUUCUUAGGAGGAGCUGAUAACAGAGAAGCUUUGCAUCUGGCAGACAGGAUGACAGGAAAUCCGGACAUUACGUUGACAAUAGUUAGGUUCUUGUCGUUCAACCACGAAGGAGAGGACGCGAGGGAGAAGAAGCUAGACGAUGGAGUGGUUACAUGGUUUUGGGUUAAGAACGAAAGCAAUGAUAGGGUUAGUUAUAAGGAGGUUGUGGUCAAGAAUGGUGCGGAGACGCUAGCUGCGAUCCAAGCGAUGAAUGUCAAUGACUAUGAUCUGUGGAUAACAGGGAGGGGAGAAGGGAUCAACACAAAGAUUCUAGAAGGGCUUGAUGCGUGGAGCGAGGACCACCAGCUUGGAGUCAUUGGAGAAACUGUGGCUGGGAGUAUAUUUGCAUCAGAAGGUUCGGUGUUGGUGGUGCAGCAACAAGUGAGGAAUCAAAAGGGUGGUGAUUUUUUCUUGAACGGCAAGUUUGAUUAUAAAAAAUUAGUGUCUCCUUGGUCAUGUCACAAUUGAGUAAUUAGAACCUUUGUUUAUUUGAUUAGGUCAUAUUAUACAAUCUGUUUUUAAAAGUUAAUCAUAAAACAUAUAUUGAAAAAUGUACGAACAUCGAUCUCCCUGUUCUUCUCAUGAAUAUGCAUGUUCUUCUCAUCAAUGUGUUUAUGAAAUGAACUAGCCAGUAACCAUUCUCUAAAGUAUUCUUAUGACUAGAGCAUCAAACAUGGGACAUCCGUUGUUCUAGUGCUUACUGACAAUGCAGACGCUUAUAUAGAGCUUUUUUCGCUGCAAGCAGGAGCCGGAAAGCUAGAGGCUGCAUCAUCAAAGGUAUUUGAUGGUAACAAAUCAAGGAUCCUGAGAAUGGAAGAGUUGAAAGAAACCAUCAAGACCACGGAGGAAGCAAAAAAAGAUGUUGCCAUCAUAGAUUAUGAGUGGAUCAAGGUAUUCUGUAAUAACCAUUGCAUAUCACAGCUUGUGCGGAUGUACCAACAUGAUAUAUGAAGUUUUUGGUCGCGCUCUGUGCAAAUUUGUAUCAUUGCAGAAUAACAACCUAUCUGAGGUAGAGAUGUUGGAUGGAGAAAAGCGUGCAGUCUUCAUGAGCACGAUAAUGGGUUUUGUUGUGGACCACGCACGUUACUAUAGUUCAAUACAUUAGCAUUAGAAAAAUAAAAUAAAGGCUUAAGCCUUUCCUUAUUGGUUAGUGUAAAUUCCAUUCUUAAUGAGCUUACAAAAGUAGACAAGUUGAAAAAAUCAAUAAUAAAAAUGUCGUCCAUACGUCUCAUAUAGUUAGGACUUAUGACCGAGCCUUCAAUAAUUAAUAAAAAUCAUCUCAUAUAUAUAAAGGUAUUUUUAGGUUUGAGCUUUGAUAACCUAAAGUCCAAUCUUUUUCUUUUUCUUAGGGCCUGACUGGUUUAACCGCAGCGGUUGCGGUUGCGGUUGCGGGAGUUUGCGGAUGCGGGUGGUUGCGGUUUCUAGCGGUUUUAAGAGAUUUGUACGACUGGUUAUGCGGUUAAAAAUUUGUACGUUUGCGGGAUACUUAUGACUGGUUAACUACCAAAUACAGCA